GGUACUAGUGAGGUUUGAAAAUGAAUGAUCUGAUGCUCAUGUAGACACAGUUGGAGUAUCUCUGAAGCCAAAACAGUUUUUUAGGAAAGGAGUAAAACCAAAAGGGGAUUAUUUCUGUCAAAAUCAGCUUGAGAAACUAAUAAUUUUUCCAACAAUGCAAUUGACCGCCUGCGAGCCCGCUGCCAUCUCUGAAGCUGUGGUGAUGGAGCCUCCUCAGGCAGGGGGCUUCCAGGAGCCCUGUGGCGCCGGAGACAGAGCCGCUUCUCUCGAUGACGUCAUUGUGGACACAGCGAACGAGUCUUCAGAGGAAGAGUCCACCGGAGAGAAAGAGGAAGAGACCUCUGCCUGUGAUACCGUCCCCAGCAGCUCUGAGACUCCAGCAGCUGCAGCUGAGCAGAGGCAGCAGGUGAAUAUUAAGCGCCCAGACUCGCUGUCGGUGCCGUCGGCAGCAGAGCUACGCCUGUGGACGACACAGUGCGACUCAGAGGUGAAGCUCAGAAUCGGGGACUCUGGUGUGGCAGCUGAGACCCCUAUGACUGUUGACCAGGCAUUCACGUUAGCCGUUAAACGUUUUGGUGACUACACAGCUUUGGGUUGGAAAGAGGGCGAGCAGCAAAAAACUCUCAGCUACAAAGAAUACUACCAGGCCUGCCGCACUGCUGCCAAGAGCUUCGUAAAGCUUGGUUUGCAGAGAAAUCAUGGGGUUGGGAUCCUCGGCUUCAACUCUGCUGAGUGGUUCAUUGCUGACAUCGGAGCCAUUUUGGCAGGGGGGUUAGCUGUGGGCAUCUACACUACCAACUCUCCCGAGGCGUGCCAGUAUGUAGCAGAAAACUGCAGAGCCAACGUCAUUGUGGUGGAAAAUCACAAACAGCUGCAGAAAAUUCUUCAGAUUGAAGACAAGCUGCCUCACUUGAAAGCCAUUGUCCAGUAUAAAGAUGCACUGAAAGACAAAAGACCAAAUCUGUAUUCGUGGGAAGAGUUCAUGGCACUUGGACGGGACGAGCCUGACGCACCUCUCGAUGAAGUCAUCUCCAGCCAGAAGCCCAAUCAAUGCUGCACGCUCAUCUACACCUCAGGAACCACAGGCCAGCCCAAGGGAGUUAUGUUGAGCCACGACAAUAUAACUUGGACGGCACUUUCCACCUGCAAACAUGUGGAGCUCAACGAUGCCACUGACUCUCAGGAGGUGGUGGUCAGCUACCUGCCGCUGAGCCACAUCGCAGCGCAGAUGGUCGACAUAUGGGUCACCAUGAGGGUCGGAGGGGCGACAUUCUUCGCCCAGCCAGAUGCUCUGAAAGGUUCGCUGGUGAACACCUUGAAAGAAGUGCGUCCCACGGCCUUUAUGGGCGUCCCACGUGUCUGGGAAAAAAUGCAGGAGAAGAUGAAAUCUGUCGGAGCUAAGUCUUCGACUGUGCGCAGGAAAGUGGCUGCUUGGGCAAAAGACGUGGGUCUGCAGACCAACCUGACUAAGAUGAACCAAAAUACAGCAGAUGGCCCUGCUACAUUCAGCUACCACAUCGCCAAAAAGCUUGUGUUCAAAAAAGUGCGCAAGGCUCUGGGCCUGGACCGCUGCAAAAAGUGCUACACGGGCGCCGCUCCCAUCACCAAAGACACUCUGGAGUUCUUCCUCAGCCUUGACAUUCCUCUGUACGAACUGUACGGCAUGAGCGAGAGCUCCGGACCGCACACCAUCUCCCAACCUGAGGCCUUCAAACUCACCAGUUGUGGAAAGGAGAUCCCAGGGUGCAAAACAAAGCUGCACAACCCCGAUGAGGAAGGAAACGGUGAAAUCUGCUUUUGGGGUCGCCACGUAUUCAUGGGUUACCUUAAUAUGUCCGACAAGACGGAGGAGGCUUUGGAUGAAGAGGGCUGGCUGCACUCGGGUGACCUGGGCAAACAUGAUGAGAAGGGCUUCCUCUUCAUCACUGGGCGAAUCAAAGAGCUGAUCAUCACUGCAGGAGGUGAGAACAUCCCUCCUGUCCCCACUGAGGACGCAGUGAAGGAGGCUGUGCCGCUCAUUAGCAACGCCAUGCUAAUCGGAGACAAGAGGAAAUUUCUGUCCAUGCUGCUAACCAUAAAGUGCCAAGUGAACGCAGAGACAGGAACUCCUGAGGACGAGCUGACACCAGAAGCCGUGGAGAUCUGCAGCAGGCUGGGCAGCAACGCCACACGAGUCUCUGAGAUUGCAGGUGGCAAAGACCGUGCAGUCCACGCCGCCAUCCAGGAGGGAAUAAACCGAGUCAACGAGAAGGCAACUUCUAACGCCCAGCGCAUUCAGAAGUGGCUCGUUCUGGAUCGGGACUUCUCAAUCGGCGAAGGAGAGCUGGGUCCAACCAUGAAACUGAAGCGGCCCGUGGUGCUGAAGAUGUACAAAGAACAGAUUGACAACUUUUACAAAGAGCUGCCGACUCCGACGUCCCCCGAAGCCCCGCUGCCUCCUAAAUAAACGCUGUUGCACCUGCAGUGACCUUCAGUGACCUUCAGACCAGUCUGUGUUGCACUCGCAGACACGCUCUGCCUCAUCAGUCCGUCUCCUUCUGUCAUCGUGCUUCUGUGUAAUUGUUUUGCCUUAAAUCAGGGUUCAGAUUUGUGAUUGUUGUACGGACGACAGGAGUGGGGAGGCCACUGUCAACCAGCUUUAUGAUUUUGAAUUUAAGUCAAAUUCAAUUAUUUAUUUGUGUCUUUGGGAGAAACUGUAAGAUGAAGGAACAGAAGCAAGCUUAAUGUAAAAAUGUUCUGUAAUACUUGAGCUACCCAUACAGAAUACAAAAUACCCAACUGCAUGUUA